AGGAUGUGGCGAAGCAGAAUUUGUUUGUUUGUUUUUCUGUGCAGAACAGUGAUAAGAACGUGGUGCUGAUCUGUACUUGAUGUUUGUCCAGUGGUCAUUGUCUCUGCGUUUGACUCUUUGUCCUCUCCAUCCUCUGAUGUCUUGUGUUGAUCUUAGCACCACAGUUUAGUUCCAGCUCAGCACCCAGCAGUUACGUUAAAGUCUACCUUGAUGUAAUCUCCUAAUUCCUAAGUUAAUGUGUCGGUCUAGAUCUUCCGUGUUCUUCCGAUGACUUCAGUUUCGGCUCGGCAUCACACCCCGCCGUUCAGGUUGGACAGGUUCAGCUGGAUUUUUUUCAUUUUUCUCCCUUCUUCAGUGAGUUCUCUUAUAAAGCUCUGAGCUUUCACAUGCAGCUGUAGGUUCUAGUUGGGAAAUUUGGCAGACAGCAGGUCACAGUGAACGUUUGCUAAAAUCAUCGGAUCCAUUAGUAGGAGAUUUACAGAGACACGAAAAAGAAAGCCACAGAAAUGGCAAACAAGAUGGUGAUUAAGCAGCCGCAGGCGGUGCUGGAGUCCAGAGAGUCUGACGAGUGGGCCUCGGGGGUCUGUGACUGCUGUGAUAACGUGCCCGAGUGUUGUCUUGCAUUUUGGUUCUGCCCGUGUUUCGCCUGCAAGACGACAAAAAAAUAUGGCCAGUGUUUGUGUCUGCCCCUGCUGGAUCUCUGCGGUGUCGCCUCACCAGCCACAUGGGCCAUGAGGGUUUCCAUGCGCCAACGAUACGGCAUCAAGGGCACGCUCUGUGACGACUGCCUGGUUGCUACGUUUUGUACGCCCUGCGUCUGGUGUCAGAUGUCUCGAGAGAUGAAAGUUCGCGCGAUUCCCAUCGCCCUGGUCAAUGCUAGACCAAAGAACUGAUCCUGAUUCAUCUGCAAGGAAAAAAAAAACAUCUCCUGGACAAAGAAUUGAGUGUGUUUGUAUAAAUGUAUAUAUAUAUAACGGUUCUGUUCAAUCACAAUGUUUAAUCAGAUCUCGUCACUGUCACUUGAUUUUUCGUGAACUUUACCUACAUGCGUUGUCUUUAGUGUUUUUAUAAUUUGUAUAAUUGAUAUUGUAAUGGAAAUAAAAUCAUUCUGUAUUAGUG